AAAAAUAAAAAAUCCAAUUUUUUAGAAAUAAUUUUUCGGAGCAAAUUUAUUUAUUAAAAAAAAUUAAAAAAUUGUCAAGCGACUGCUAACUUUGAUGUCAUAUGUUGAUAAUUAUUAUGACGUUAUUUUUUAGUGUACACAAAUACAUAUUGUAAUCGUAGAAUUAUAGUAUUGUAUAGUUAUUAUUGUGUGCCAUCUAGCGGCAAAAAUUGUUUCUUCAGUAGAAAUCUCAUGCUAAACCGGUAAAAAAAAUAUUCACUAUAGUGAAGUAUAAAUGUACAGCCAAUAUUACAAAUAAAAUUUUGUGGCGCAUUAACCGCCUUUGAUUACGUAUCUCUAACGCAUUAUUCGCAGACGAGGGAAAUGUUGUUUCCGUUCUGAAAUGAAUAAUAAACCAUAAUUUUAUAUUUAAACAAUCAACAAUAAAUCAAUACGGUGACCAAGUGACUAAAAUAAAAAUAACAACAAAUUUUGGUAAUAUUUUUUAAUAUUAAUGAAUGUUUUUUGAUUUUACAAUUAUUAUUACUCCCACCCUCAUAUAAUUUAGACGUCGGGGGUUAUAUGUAUUAAACAUUCCUUUUGCACGUGCAAGGCUUUGCGGACUAAAUAUUCGUAUAAUAAAUAUAUUGUAUCAAUUAUUGUUAUUUGUGUUAUUGUAAAAACAGUGAUUAUUAUUUAACGCUUAGAAUAAUGUCCGACAAUCAAAAAAAAGAUUUCACCUCAAACGAGGAGAUGGACAGUUUUGCAAAUGGUGAUUCUAUGAUAACAUUGAAAGGCGUCGUGACGUGGGUUGAUCGGAUGAAGGACACCAUUUCGGGGAAAAAAAUAUUCCGUUUUGUUAUGUCGAACGGCACGGGUAGACGCGUUAGAAUAAUAGUUUGGGAGCCAUUGAACAAGAUUUAUCAAGAAAAAGUCAGGAGCAAAAUGGCUGCGGAUCCAAGUUAUGCUCAAGAAGCCGAGAACGUAAUCAGGCAAGAAUUGGUUGUAACCAGCCAAUCCAAGGUAAAAUGGCCUGUCACUACUGGAAACGACACCGAAGUUCGCGCGCUAAUAAGCAUUGCGGGGAUCCCUAAUACUUUCGGUCUUGCCGUUGUCGCAGGCUACAUCAAAGAUGAAUUUGACGAGGUAACGUACAAGAAUCAUUCAUUUUCGUCAGGGUCCAUCACAGACGGCGCUUUGAAAACGAAAGGACAGGUCCGUAAUUUUAAUAAAGUUUUGGCGGGAAAAUUGGUCGAAGGUACACACGUCGAAGUCAAGGGACAAGUCGAACGCGAAAAGACUUAUGCAUUGUCGUAUAUUCAGUGCAACUCGUUCAAUGACAUCAAGGUGAUUGACGAUCAAAUUAUGACACAAGAACAACUCAGGGCGGGGUUCAGAUCACCGGAGAGUAAUGCGGCUAAAAGACCACGACUUGCGUCACCGGAUAAGGACCAAGAUGAUGAAACUCGCAUGCCUGCGGCUUAGUGUUUCAUCUUCCUCACCGCGAGGUGACGUGUGACCGUCAAAUAAUAAGGUUGCGUUAUUUGAUUUUUUUUUUGUUUUUAACUGGGCCGUUGGAUUUGGUUAAUUUUUUUUUUAUUUACCUCUUAUGCUGUUAUAUCAUUUUUUUCUUUUAAGAAUUUUGAUUCAAUUUAUCGCUGUCGUGUAAAAUUUUUGAAAUAGGACAGACAUUGCAAUGAUUCUUGAUAUUUUCAGCAUUAUAUCAUUCAAGUUAUUAAUCAUGAUACCGAUUCAUUUGAUUUUUUUUUACACUUUUUCGACAGAGCAUUUGCUCUGGGUAUCAAAUUCCAUACGUCGCCAAGUUAAAUUUUAUUCAUUUCAUUUUGUUUCCACAAAUACAUAUUUUCAGUUUUUUUUUUAGUUUUGGUUUAAAUUCAAAUUAAAACCGAACUUUAUUUAAAUAAACCUCUACUAACUCGAGAAGUUAAUUAAUAUGAGAAAAAAAAAAUUCUGAUUUACAUUAUCCGUUGUGCCCUUCGGGUACUUUUUUUUUGUAUUAAAAUUCUUUUUACGUCAUUAAUAUAUCAUUUAAAUCUAAUUUAAUUAUUAUUUAAAUCUAAUUUUAUCGUUUUUUUAUUGACUUAAGUCAAUUUGUCAAGCCAUCGAGAAAUGUUGAAACAUUUUGUCAUUUCAAUACAUUUUUACGCAAUGAUUUGAUUUGAUAAAUAAUUAUAAAUUUUUGCUUUCAAAGUAGUUGUUGUGCGAUGAGUAUUCCAACAUAAAAGUAUGAAAUUUUUUUAUUUAAAAAUAAAUAUAUUAAUAAUUCACUACUUAAAUUUCAGAUCA